AUGAAAAAAGAAUAUUAAAUAUCAAAGAGGAAAUAAACAAGUAUGGCAGAUAUAUUUAAAAAAAUGAUAUAGAUUACAUUGCACUUUAAAAAAAGCAUGACAUUGAAUUUGACAGUUUAAUUGAUAAUCCUCUUUAUUUGCAAAUUUUAGUUGACUUUCUUUUUAUUUUACCUUGAUUACAAAUGGCAGGAUGCAAAAAAUGUAUAAUUAUUAAACAAAGUCUUACUUUUAAUAUUUCGAAUUGACAUAUUUUUCUAGGCUUUUGAAGUUGUCAAAAAAUUUGCUGUAUAUAUGAUUUUAGUCAUAACAAUUUUAGAAAAGCUCUUUAUUGCUUUAUUAAUAAUAUACCAGAAAAAAGAAACGAGAUAUAUUUACUUAAAUAAAGUCCUCGGGGUGUAUAUUUAAUUAUACUAUACUUUAUUUCAUAUCCUAUUUACAACAUUGAGUUGUUUAUUCUUAACUUAUUAAUUAAAUUAAUUUUAAGUAAACAAUCUUAAUUAUAUUCAUUUAUUAUUUGGGAUUUUAUGUUUUGUAAUAUUAUAAUUAGAAGGAAUUUAUCAUUUAUAAAUAAGUGAAUAAUCAAUAGAUGGUAAGAUUAUAUGUUUUGAUAGAUUAAGAAUAACAAUUAAAGAAUACAUAAUUUAAUUUUUAAACUUAAUUAUCAUUAUUUUAUUUUCAGUUGUUAAAAAUUCUUAAAUUGUUUCUUGGAUAAUACAUUUACUUGUUUUAUUGAGUUCUUCAUUGAAUACACUAAAUUUAUAAGAAAAUCAAACUAUUAUAGAUAAUAACAAAAAAUUUAUUAUUUACUUUUCUGAUUCAUUUAAUAUACUCUAUGUAUUUUAUUCACUUAUCUAAACUAUUAUUUCAACAUAAUAAUUUCAAGUAUUUAUUUAUACAAUUUUCUCAUUUCCUUUAUUACUUAAAAUAUUUUUGAAACUUGAUAGUUAUAUUAAUAUUAAAUUGGAUCAUUUAGCAUUUUCAAUAUAAAAAAUUAGCAUAUUUGCCAUUAGUCAAAUUUUAGUCAAAAAGUAAAAUAAUCAUUUUCAACCUUUAAUGUACAAACUUUACAUUAAUAAUUAUCAUAAAAAAAAGUGUAGGGAUGUAAAAUGUAUUUGCAAUAAAUAAAUAACUUAUAUAGACUCAAGGGAUGCAGCUUCACUAACUUAAGAAAUUGAUAAGGACUUUAUUCAUUAAAAAUUAAAACAGAUGAGAAGAUUAAUUUUUAAUUAAAAUAUUGGUAACCUAAAUGAAAUAUAAUAUUAUACUAUCUUAUAUGGAGUAUUAUUAGCCAACUAUGGAUGGCCAAUUUAAUCGAUAAAACAUUUUAAUUAAUUAGUUUACGGAAAAUUGAAUUCAAAGAGUUCUAUUAAAAGUCUAAAUUAAAGUCUAUCAUACCCAUAUUCUUUUUCAGCAACUUUAAGACAUGAUUCAUCAUCAUAAACUCAAAUAGAUCCUGGAAAGUAUCUUGAUACAAUACAAAAGAGUAAUAAAAUAAAAACAUAACAGUAAUCAAUUUCUUAUUGGAUUAAAUUAGAGUUCAUUUAAUUAUCAAAAAUAUCUUACCUUUAACAUGAGAUUAAGUAAAAUUUGAGAUAUAUGUUUGGCAAUUCAUAGAUAACUGAAGAAAUGCACAAUCUAUCUGAAUAAAUACAAAUAUUGAUAUAGCAAGAAAUGAAGUUAGAUUAAUAUGUAAAAGAGAUUAAGAAAAUCUUAAAAAUCAAAUUAAAAUAUUAUGAAAAUUUAGUUCUGUAAAUAAAAGAAAGGAGAAUUUCUGAUUUAAUGAAGUCAUUGAUGGAAAUGACCUAAAAAAUGAUGUUAUUUAAAAAUGAAUUGGAUGCCGAGUAUGAAAUUACCAAAAGCAAAAGAUUAUAAUCUCUUUAAAUUUUUUAUGAAGCUGAAAUUUUGUAAAACUAUUUAGAAGCAUUUAAAAUACACAAUUAAUCUAGUCUAUCCCAAGAAUAAAUAUAAAUUAUUAAUAAAGACCUAAAUGUUAAUUUUAAUUCAAAUGAUAUAAGCUAUAUUAUUUUUUAAAUAGAUGAUGACCUUUAAAAUGUAGAAUUGAAAAAAUAUUCUUCAAGUUUACUCUAGAUAAUUGACUUUAAUUAAAAUGAAGAAUUAAAUUUUGAAAAAUUAUUGUUACCAUUUAUUUUAAGGGAGCAUCCCCUUUUUAUUUCAAAGUUUUUUAAAAUUGGAUAAUCAAAAUAUUUUAAGUAGUUUAGUUAAACAUUUAUAAAAACAAAAAAAAAUAUGGCUAAAGCAGUUGUGUUUAGUUUCGAUAAUAUUAUUCAAUAAAAAUAAGAUAAAAUUAUCUUAGUUGGAUUACUAUAGGAAAUUGUCAUUCAAUAAGCUUUUAUUUUGGUUGAUGUAAAUUAAGUAGUAGGGGGAAUAACUAAUGCUUUUUUCUCAUUGUUAGGAUUCAAUUCUUAAUUAAUUGAUAGAAUUAAUGACUUUUCAAUAUUUUAUUAAUUAAAAAUAUCUUAGAUUUUUCCAAAUUUUAAUGAUUUCUUAUAAAAUGAAGAUUAAUAACCUCUAAUGAAAUUUAAUAAUAUAGAAACUUAUUUCAUAGACUUAGAUGUCUUACUUAAUGAAUUUUCUAAUGAAAGCAACACUACUUUGUAGUAGUAAUCUUUUGUUUUAAAUAGACUUUUGGGAAAAAAAAUUUAUACAAAAUUUUACCUAUCAAACAUUACUAUUUAGGCCUAUUAAAUUUAUGGAUAUUAUUACUACAUUAUACAAUUAGAUUCAUCAUUUUAAAGAGCAGAAUAUUAUAACAGCAGUAGAACUUAGGAAAGAUUUAGCGAAGAUCGGAGAAAAUCAGAAUAAAUACCAAAUUUUUAAAUAAGCCAUCUGAAUAUGUCUUUAGAAGAAGCCUAACCGGGAACAAUAAAUUAAAUUUCAAUCUAAAGUAGAGAAGGAUAUUUAGAAAAAAGUUAAAUUAAAAAUAAUAAUAUUAACUUAUAUCAUCAAGACUAAUAAGAGGAUGUAGAAUAAAAAGUGGAUUAAUUACUCAUCCUUUCACCAAAUAAAAGUACCAGUUAAUUGAUUUAUAACUAAAAAUAUAGAUUUAUUUCAUAAACUUCACAGUAAUAUUAUUAUAAUGUAAAUACAAAUUAAUAACCAAAUCAAUUAAAUUAAAGCGAUGACGAUAAUGAAUAAAAUAUUAAAGGAAAUCAACUAAUAGAUAAAUUAUAUAGAGGCUCAUUAAAAAGCACUGAAUUUGGAAUAGGUAACAGUGAAGUAAUAAAGAAAUAUGAAUUAUUAGGUAAAUUAACGAAAGAGAAAACUCCUUAAAUUUUAAAAUUAGCGAUAAGUACAAUUAUAAUCUUUAUUAUAAUAUAAACUAUCUGUCUCUCAUUAGUUAUCUCUAUACUUCAUAAUGAUAUUCUUCAAUUUAUUUCAGAUAUUGAGAUUAUAGCUUUACAUGCAAGCAUUUAAGGACCUCAUGACUUAUUUUUUUCAAUGCGAAAUACAAUCUCUACAUAUUAAUAAUUGGGAAGUGAAGGCUACAUUCCGAAUUCUAUAGUGCCAAACUUGACAGCACCAUAUGAAGAAUAAUUAAGAUAUGGAUAUUAUGAAUUGAGGGAUAGUUUGUAUCAAUAACUAGAAAAUGAUUAUUUGAAAAUGUUUUUAGAUGAAGAAGAAAUGACAUUACUAUUUAUGAGAAAUAACGACACAGAAAAUUAUUCAAUGGAACAUAUCUCAUUUAGAGAAUGUCUAAUGAUCAUACUAUAAUAUUAAUUUGCAUAAAUGAGACAAUUUUAAAAGAGAUAGAGCACUGCAGGAUAACCAUAUUAGGUAUUUCUUUUUUCAAAUUAUUACAAUAUAUAGGAUAAACUGGAAAGUAUUACAAAUGAUAUUUUAUAAUAUUCUAAAAAUAGAAGCUAAAAUGUAGGAAAAAAAUGGUAUAUAAUUUGUUUACUUUUUGCUUUCAUUGUAAUUAUAAAUACAAUUUUUUUAAUGAUUGAACUUCAUCAAUAUUAUAAAUUAUAUGAUAGAUUUUUAUAGUUAUUAAAUUUUAUGGAUAAAUAAAAAAUAUCUUUAGAAAUAGAUAAACUGAAUUAAUUAUAUAAAUUAAUAACUACAAAUUAAGAAUCUAUAUAUUCAUAUUAAUUUGAUCUUUAACACAAAGAAUAAAUGAUGAAAAGUUAUAUUGCUUCAAAUAAAACUUCUAAUACUAAUAAAAAUGUUUAAAGCAAUUCAUAAAUUAAAAUUACAAGAAGAAAUAUUUUUGUGUUUUGGAUAUUAGUAGCCUGCAUAUUUUAAGUUUAUAUAAUAGUUAUUUUAAUAAAAACAAAUGAAUACAUAAGUAAAUAUGAUGAUACAGCAGAUUUUUACUUUAUGAUUUAAAAUUUAAAAUUCAGAAGUGGAUCAAUGUAUAUGUAUAGAGAACAUUUAUUACGAUGGAAAAGUUUAACAUAUUUAACAGCUUAUGAUUUAGAGAGAGCAUAUUAAUUAAUAGAUAAAGCAUAAAUGAAUAUAUAGGAAUAUUUAGAUUUUACAAGUUCAUUUUAAUCAAAUAAGUAUUUAUUAUCUGAUGAAUUCAUUUCUUUUUUUGAAUAUUAAUAAACUCAUGAUUUAUGUGAAUUUAUAGAUUAAGUAUAUAUUAUAUUUUAAUAUUUAUAGAUUUAUAUAGAAUUUAUGUCAUUAUAUUGUGAAAAAUCAUUUGAUGGAUUAUUAAAAUCAGGUUCAAUUUCAGUUCUUAAUUUUAUGUCAAAUUAAAUUAAAAAUUAAUAAGCUGUUAAUAAUUUUACUAAAAGAGUUGAAGUUAAUCUUUAUGAAAUGGAAGGAUCAUAAAUUGUAAUUAGAUCAUUUUUUAGAGUUUCUGAUGAAUUUUAAAUUGGUUUGAAAUAAAUCACAACAUAAUAAAAUGAAUUCACUCUCAUAAUAACAAUUAUAUUCAUUUCUUAUUUGAUUAUUUUCUUAAUGGUCGUUGUAUUUAUAAUCAAAAAUCUAUUAGUAAAAGAAUAUGCUAUGUUAAGAAGGAUAGUAUAUUUAAUUCCACAAUAAAUUGUAUUAGGAGAUGAAUCAUUUGAAAGGUUUCUAAAAUAGUUAGCAUUAGCCUAAGAGUUGAAAUGA